UACUGCGGAAUUGGUCGUUUCUGCGGCGCAGCUGACGUCAUAUUCGUUCCACCCCGUCGAACCAGAGGUACACUGGAAACAGAGAAACCGAAGUCAUGCCGUCCACUCCCAAUAUGUGCGAGUACCGCAUUGUACUACCUAUGACAGUAGAAGAGUAUCAAGUUGGGCAGCUGUGGUCGGUGGCAGAAGCCAGCAAAAAUGAAACUGGAGGAGGGGAAGGGAUAGAGGUUGUAGUAAAUGAACCUUUUGAUGAAAACAAUCAUCCCCCAGAGAAACCAUUACUACCACUGACACCUGGUGGUAAACCCCUGACUGAAGGACAAUACACUCACAAAAUCUACCACUUAGCCAGUCGUGUGCCAGCUUUUAUUCGACUUAUAGCACCAAAAGGAUCUUUAGAAAUUCAUGAGAAAGCUUGGAACGCUUAUCCAUACUGCAGAACCAUUGUCUCUAAUCCUGAUUACAUGAAGGAUGGAUUUUUCAUCAAGAUAGAGACCAUGCACUCACCAGAUAGAGGAACACAGGAAAAUGUACAUCAACUUCCUCCAGAUGUUGUAAAGGACAGAAAAGUGGAGAAUAUAGACAUUGCCAAUGAUGCCAUAAAGUCAUCCGAUUACAAAGAAGAAUGGGACCCCAAAUUAGUGAAGUCUCAGAAAACCGGGCGAGGACCAUUGGAAGGGGAAUGGAAGAAAUCUUGUGAACCAGUGAUGUGCUGCUAUAAAUUAGUGUCUGUCAAAUUUAAGUGGUUCGGUUUGCAAAACCGAGUGGAAAAAUUUAUCCAGACACAAGAGAAAAGAAUAUUUACGAAUUUUCACAGACAAGUGUACUGUUGGUUAGAUAAAUACCAUGGCCUAACAAUGGACGAUAUCAGAAGAAUAGAGGAAGAAACUAAACGGGCAUUAGAUGAGGCCCGCAGCAAAGGAGAGAUUCGUGGAACAACAGCAGCUGAUGAAAAGGAGUGAUGUCAUCAGGGUCAUUAGGUCAUUCCAAUCGCCAUGACAGCAGCCAAUGGACACUAUCACACUGACCCUUGACAGAAUGUCAAUUUUUUUUUAAUGAAGAUUUACUUGAACAGAUAUAAUGUAGGACAUUGUUUUUCACACAAUUCAUGUUUUGUUUUUCAGAUCAGAUUUUUAUUUGUGAUAAGUUUUAAAAACUGGUUAUACUCAUCUUUCAGUAGAUGGUCCCAUUUUAAAGAUUUGAGAAAUCGCUAUCAUUAAUGUACAAUAGAAGACACAUUUUAUGGUUUAUUUUCUUAUGACUGUAAAUUGAGGUUGUAGAAAUGUGUCAGUGUUUGUCCACGAUGUGGAGUUAUCCCCCUUGUGAUCUAAGGGAAAUAAUCCCACCAUCCUGUCAUGUGCUCACUGUUUGUUAAGAUUUUAUUAUUUAUUGAGUAUUAGACUUCUAAAUGAGCAUUUUUUUUAUUUUACUGCUGCUACAGUGAUACAUAAACACAAGAGACCUAUAAACAUCUAUAAUGCUUGUAACUUUUUCUCAUCUUUUGUUUUGAUGAUAUUUUCCCUGUGUUGCAUCUCCAUUUAUUAUUCUGGCUCUUAGAAUUCAAUAGUGCUCAUACAGAUCAAUUUAUAUGAUUACCUAGACAAUGGAGAAAGUUGUUGAUUUCGUGAGGUGGAAUGUGUUGUGCUUGUAAGACCUGUGUAUUAUGGAAUAUUGUAUGUUUGCCAGUGAUUUGUGGUAUAUUUGUAAAAUUGAUGCAUUAUGGGAUAAUGUAUAUUUGCAUGACAGUGUAUAGUGAGAUCUAUCUGUCUUCACCUCUGUCAGUGCCUUGGGUUUAUCAGGAUUCUUGUAAACCUCACAUUGAGAUUAUUUGUUAACAUCUACUUUCGCACUCCAUGAAUAAUUUUUAAACAGUUGUUAGAUUUGAGCAUUUUUUUGUUGAGUUAUGCUAAACCUUGGGGGAGGGAGGGGUGUGUAUAUAUUUUACAGACUGAAAUUAAAGUUGAAAAAACUAAACUUAAUAUUAGGUAAAAGAUAUAUUGGAAAGGAAUGUUUCAGAAUGGAAACACUGUCAAAUGAAAUAUUUAUAAUACUGCAGAGCAAACAAUCAGACAUUCGCAAAUGGAAUUGUAACGGUAAAUUGAGAUGUUGACAGAGGUUUAGGAGAGGUACAAAGAACAAAUUUGUUUAGAGAUUGGUGUUGAUUAUGUGAAGAUUGUAAGAUCAUUACAUUGUGGGGUAGGCUGGUCUCCUGUCCUGUUGUUAUGGUCUCACACACAAUGUGUAUAAGAUAGAGUACUAUUGAACUUUAAGUGUAGUGUCUGACAUCUUACUCAGUGUAUGACUUACUACAGAGAAAUCCUUCCUUGUGGUCCAUAGAUAUAAACAUAAUCAUGCAUUAAUAAUGGAAAUAUGAAAUUGAAUUAAACAUCUGGAACAUAGAAUUA